GUCAACAUCCAUACAACUUAUCGUGAAAAUGGUUGGAGCAUGCGAGAUGAUAGUUAUUCCAUCCUUCCGGCAUUGACCAUGGAUGGAAUGAUUUUCAGCAACAUCAAACUCGGGAGCUACAGUGGCGAUGAAUUUCUUUUCUGGCUUGAUGGUCUUCUUGAGGUCAUGAAUCCCUAUCCAGGCCGUCAUAGUGUUCUCGUUUUGGACAAUUGUCGCAUUCACCAUGUGCCUGGAGUUAAGGAGCGAUGUCAAGCAAGGUAA